AUGUCUCUAUUUGGGAAGGUAGAAGCUGAAAUAGAGAUCAAGGCCUCUGCGUAUAAGUUUUAUGAGGUUAACAGCAAGCGAGUAGCUGAGGCACCGAAAUUUUGCCCUAACUUUAUACAAAGUGUUGAUUUAGUUGAAGGUGAAUGGGGACAAGAGGGCUGUGUCGUUUGCUGUUAUUUUAUCUUCGAUGGGAAAGCUGUAAUGUCUAAGGAGGUAAUGGAAGCCAUUGAUGACAAAAACCAUUCAGUCACUUUCAAGGUGAUUGGAGGAAUACUCAUGGAGUUGUACAAGAGUUUCAAAUUCGUUGUUCAAGCCACUCCAAAGGGUGAGGGGAGCUUGGUCCGCUGGACUUUGGAAUAUGAGAAACUGAAUGUCGAUGAUCCUGAAUCAAACACAAUGCUUGAAUUUGCGAUUGGUGUUACAAAAGAUAUUGACACUCAUCUUACACAAUGUGUUUGUGUAAAAUAAAACUUUUGAGAGCUUUAAAGACUAGAGCUUCCUCAUUUAUGGGUAAAAUAGGCACAAUAUGUACGCAUUUAUGGGUACCACUUUUUUUUUUUUUUGGAUGUUGUUAAACCGUGAGAAACGUAAUUAAAAACACGAAGUCAAAUUCUAAUGUUCAUAUGUUACGUUCUAGGAUGAUUUAUUGCGAUAAAUCCGUUCUUGAAUGGCUAAUUUUGACUACUAUAUUAAGGGUUCGUUUCAUACGGACUGUUU